GCUGAGGUGAGUAGAUCAACCAGUUACCUGCCGCUGUGCUUUGCUUCCACGUGUCCCAGGCGAAGGCAAUGCGAUUUUCUCGCAUUGAUCCGCUGCCACUAGCAUUGUGAGUGGAGACGAGAAGUCGGAGAAGAGUAAAGCUACUGAAGGUCUCGCCAUCACUCAUAUCACGCUGCCUUGGCCUGGCAGUAGCUGCUAUUCCAAUCUGCCGGCGCUAUCGCCGGACUGGUGACGCGGAGCAUGGGGAAGAACGGAGCGAGACACCGAGCGGGAAAAGGCACCCCAGUGAGCCCUGGCGCUGCUGCAAACGGAGAACGCGGCGACGCGAAGAUGAACCAGGACGGGCUACCGAACUCCAGUGAGGAUAGAGCAGAGAAGACUCGACUAUCCGAUAGCAACCCUAGCGAAUUUGAGGACGAAUCGGAUGACGACCAGCACGUUAGGUCGCCGGAUAGCAAGCAACGUGAUCGCGUUCGAAGCAAACGAGAUGAGAGAAAGAGCAACGCGGUUAUCACGGUCAUUGCCAUCUUGGUGGUAGGUGCGUUAGUAGCUGUGACCAUUAGGCAACGUUGGAAAUACGAGAAUGAAUUGCGUCGCCAAGAGCAGGAGGUCUUCGAAGACGACGACGAUUUGAAACCGCUGGAAGAUUUAUAUGACGACUCGGACGCAUCUAACUCGAAGCAGAGCAGAGGGAGCCCGGGAGGUGAUGGAAGAGCUUCGCCAGAAGAUCGCAACAACUUAGACGAAGACAUUGAUGACUACGACAACCCUGAUGGAGAUGAUGAGGAGGAUGAUGGCAGCCAAGACACAAGCGCACCUGGCGAUGGAGACGGACAGAAAUCUCGACGAGAACAGGACGCUUACAAAGAUGACCUAGCGGGCAUGCAGCCCACGGACCCGAUGGAAGAAGACGAUAUUGUCCCCGACGACCGUGACCAGCAUCUCGAGAAGCCUCAAGACGGCAACGACAAAUACGAGGGCACGCUAGCGUCGCUAAUGCGUCCGCAUGAGCCACUGAAGAUCAACUUCUGGCGUAACAUAGCCAACAAGGCGGCGACGCUAAAUGCCACGUCACUGCACCCGAACGGCAAUAUCCUUCACAUCGAAAACCUGCUGACGACGACGGAAUGCUUGCAGAUGAUCCAGCACCACGAGUCGCUAGUUAGCGAGCACGCUAACCCACCUCCAUGGUGUUUUGAGGAUGAAAACUGGGUAGGCACGGUGCUAGAUGAAGAGAAGAUUGGGAAGGACACGGAGACGUUUCAGAUCAACCAAGCCGGAUCCAAAAACAUGUUCUGUGCACAGAGUGAUGAAGUGCAUGAUCGCCUAUCAGCACGUUACCCACACAGCCAAGCCACACUGGUCGCGAGAGGAGAGAAUGAGGCUGUGGAUGCCGUGGAACGUAAGCUAGACAGCAAGGUCGGUCUGCCCAAGGACAACGCCUAUCACACACAACUUAUCAAGUACAGGCAGGGCGAGACGUAUUAUCCUCAUGUUGACUGCGAUCCUACUAAGACUGCACACACAGAGGCCAGGAAUGAUCGUCUGGCAACCAUUAUCAUCUAUCUGUCCGAUGUGAAACAGGGCGGAGGUACUACGUUUCCAAAGCUAGGAGUGACUGUCAAACCCAAGAGAGGGUCAGCCAUAGUCUUCAGGAAUUUGGAUGAGAAAGCAAAGUGCAACAUGCAGAUGCUGCACAAGGGUGACGCACCAUUGUCCGGUGUCAAAUAUAUCUAUCAGCAUUGGUAUCAUGAAACUAUUAUACUGCCGUCUUACAUGCAGAAUGUAGUGCUGUGUGAUGCUAGUGACAGUUGUCGGGAAUACAUCCACGCCAAGGCGACCAGAGAGGCCAGCAAAAUUGUUAGCAAAGGUGACAUGGCAAGACCAAACAUCAAGAAGAGUGCUGAUCUCUACAGGAAGGCUCUGGAGAUACAACCUCUGCAUGCCCAAGGCCUGCUCUACCUAGCUGACAGUUUGGCACAGUUGAAACAAGAUAGGGAGGCACUCAAGUAUUUCGAAAAGCAUUUAAACAUCCAUCCGAAGAGCAUUGACGGAAACUUUGUGGCUGCUGGAAUUUGGCAAGACAUGGGUCGCCGUGGAAAAGCAAUCGAGUUACUCCAACGUGUUGUUGCCGUGUCCCCUCGUGAUGGUGAUGCCCUGUACAACCUCGCUACACUCUAUGCUGAGGAAGGACACAAGAAGAAGGCAGCAACAUCACUGAAGAGUUUGGUGAAGUUCAAUGCCAAGGAUCAUGGCGCCCAUUCGUUCCUGGCUGAGUUGCUGACAGAACUCGGAGAUGAGAAAGGUGCAUCAGAACACCGGGCCACUGCCGACAAGCUAAAGACAAGAAUAAGAGAGUGAUCUGAGAGUGGUCUGAGAGUGAUCUGAGAGUGGUCUGAGAGUGGUCUGAGAGUGUCCUGAGAGUGAUCUGAGAGUGAUCUGAGAGUCUAUCUCUAAUUGAUUUUUCAUGGUUUCGGGUAUCUUUGGGGACUCUCCACUUCUGUGAUGAUGGUACAUCAUUCAUUGUUCCAAUCCAUCGUCACACUGAUUUGUAGUAAAAUGGUUAUAUUGAGAAGUGUAGCUGUUAGAAGUUGUCCAUGUCCAGAGCGUUGGGUAUACAGGUACUGCAAACACAUUGGCGAACUGUCAAACUCGUCUGUUUACAAAUUGCCUAACAUUUCUACUGCAAUAUUCUAGACUCGGAAGGCCGCAAAGUUACACCUGGCACCAGUGACAUCGUUCUGCAGCUGUCUGCCCUCACACCCGGCCACAUAUGCAUUUGUAUAAUAGUGUAUAUUGUUUACAAAAACAGUUCGUUUCCCUGUCAGUUGUAUGGGUACUGCGGUCGGGGCUAAUGAAGUCCGUGCUAAUGAAAUCCCACCGGCUAAUCCA